AUGCGCUCGCCUCCUGCCAGGGUGUGUUUGGCCUGCGAGAUCGAACGAGUGCGGCACAGCAGUGGGAAGAGCGCAUACGCGUUGUACCUGCAGAGAGACAGACGUAAUAAUCGACAACGUCGCCUCGCUGCUGUCAAGCUUCGGUGGAAGACGGGGGGAGGGGGGCUGGCCAAGAGGUGGAGUCGCAUGCGCCUCUGUUUCAAGCUUUGGUUUGUUUGCAAGGGAAGCUCCGCCAUAUCCCCCCCCCCUCCCCCGCACCGCACGCCACCACGUCGCCCGUGCGCGUGCGGUGCGGCAAAGAGCAGGGCGACCGACGGCGAGAAACCCUUUCGCACGUGGCCUCCCCCUCUCUCUCUCUCUCUUCUCCUCUUGGUGUCGCACCUGGACCCUUCUACGCCGAUGACGGGAAGCUGUGUGCCGGGUGGCACGCGGCGCCUCCUCGCUUCCCCUAUCAUCGUGUCUGUUUGCGCCCGCGUUCACGGCCUCCAUCACUGUCGCCGUCCUCAUCACCGCAUGCCUCUUCUCUUCCUGCCCCCCCCCCUUCCUCCUUCUCCUCACUUAAAGGGGGCAUGGCAACUGAUGAAGGCAACGGUGACUCGCCAGCUGUGCAGUCGCGGCUUGCGUCUGCCACGUGUCUUUUCAGCUCUCCCUGCUAACGUAUCGCACUGGGAUGGCCUGUCACGCACCAUGACGAGUGCCGUUGCCAGUGCAGCACCCGCAGCACGCGCUCACACGACCGCGUCUCUCACCUCCCCUUUAGUUUGCCUGCGCCGCUUCUUCUGGAACCCCUUCGCGUCGGGCACCAGAGGCACCGUCUCCGCAACGCGCAACUCCGUUCAGCGUCAAAAUACCCAGCAGCACGCUUCCAUAGCUGAGAAGGCGCGCCGUGACGCCGACCUUGAAAACGAGCAGCUUCUUGGUGCGUGCCUGGACCUGCUCGAUAUGUGCAGCGGCAACGCGGCCGGCUCAGGGCCGUCCAGCGCGCUCGAUGAGCUUGCACGUGCUCGCAUCUGGGAGCUAGUGGACGUCCUCCUGCACGACCACCACCGCGCCCCGGCGGAGCAGUUCGACCUGGUCUACACCGCGCUGUGCAUGCCGGCUGCACAGGAUCACCGGCAGGUGCAGCGGAGCCUGCUGGUGGUCCUUCGCUCCGUCGUCCCGGAGGCGCUCUACCGCGUGUUCGAGAGCGUGGAUCUCUUUGUGCUGCGGGAUGAUGAGCAGUCGCUGCACCAGCGCGACGUGCUGAUGAAGUUCGCACAUGCCCAGCUUGGUAACCUUCACGUGCCGGACGGUUUGGCGGAGGAGGAGGUGCUCUCCGUGUACGUGUACGACAUGAAGGCAGCGUUUCCGGCUCUCGCCACCUGUCAUGCAUGGCAAGUGGUGGAGCGCGAUGCCGCGACGAUCGCCUUGAAGUCUAAGCUCUUCACACUGCUCGGCCGCCUGUGUGCCGAGUUCGACGAGGAAAAGACGGGCAAGGUGAAGCUGGCGGAUCUGCGCUCCACGGCGGAGCGCGUCCUGGGGACGGACCAGGCAUCGCGCCUGCUCGAAGGAGCGCAGGUGGACAAGGAGGGCAAGAUUGCCUACGCGCAGCUGGUCGCCCUGCUCUCACGACCGCCCCCGAAGAAGCGGGCACCUGCCGAGGCCGCAUAA